AAUUCUUAGUUUCAUAUUUCUUUCCGUUUCUCAAAAAUUUGAGCCUUAAAAGUUUUAAGACAGUACCUUCUAUUUCUCUUUCCCCGCGCGCAGAACCCUAGUCGCAUCCCAUCGUCCCUCCUUGGCGCGCCGGCUCUGGUUUUGUUCCGUUCAGUAAUGGGUCGUAAAUUAGAAGAAGCUCUCACCGUCAGUGAACCAGAGUCCGUGGGACUCACCAACAACUUCCAAACCAAAACUAAGAAUAAGACAGAAGAAAAAAUGGGGAAGGCGAAGCUGAAGAGGAAGCUUGAAGUGACGGAGCUCGUAGUAGAAAGUCCAGAUAACGUAGAGCCCGACGAGGAGAAGAAAAAGAAGAAGAAGAAGGAUAAGAAACACAACAGAGAGAAGAAAGAGGAGGGUGAAGGAGAUGGGUGUGUAGAGGAGAGAGCAAGUGAUGGGGGCGAGAAGGGAACGGAAAGCCCAGGUGCUAUAGAGAAGACGAAGAAGAAAAAGAAGAAAGAGAAAGGAAGAGAGAGAGAAAGUAAUGGGUGUGCCGAAGAGAGAGAAAUCGAAAACCCAUAUGGUAUGGGGGGCGAAAGCAAGAAGAAGAAAGAGAAAAAAGAGAAGAAAGAGGAGAGUGAAAGUAAUGGAAUUAGGGAGGAAAGAGAAACAGAUGGGGCUGCAGAGGAGAGAGAGUGUGAUGGUGAAGUGGUGGUGACUGGGAAGAACAUUAAACAAUCGAAGUAUGCAGCUCUGAAGUCGUUUGAAGACACCGACCUCUCUGCAGAAGUGCUUGAAUGCUGUAAGGGUUUCAGCAAGCCGUCGCCGAUACAAUCCCAUGCGUGGCCGUUCCUAUUGGACGGUCGGGAUUUCAUUGGGAUUGCAGCGACUGGGUCAGGGAAAACUUUGGCGUUUGGGGUUCCGGCACUAAUGCAUGUUUUAGGCAAGCGGAAGGGCAAAGCGUCAAAGAAGGUGAAUCCACUUUGCCUAGUAAUGUCGCCGACGAGGGAGCUUGCUCAACAAAUAUCAGAUGUUCUUUGUGAUGCUGGGAGACCUUGUGGUGUGAAAACAGUUUGUUUAUAUGGGGGAACUUCGAAAAGACCACAGAUUUCUGCUCUGAAGUUUGGUGUUGACAUUGUUAUUGGCACUCCUGGCCGUUUGAAGGAUUUAAUAGAGGCAGGCAUAUGCUGUCUAAAGGAGGUAUCUUUUGUGGUAUUAGAUGAAGCUGAUCGAAUGCUUGACAUGGGAUUUGAACCUGAAGUACGCUCUAUAUUGAGCCAGACAUGCUCUGAUCGUCAAAUGGUAAUGUUCAGUGCAACUUGGCCUUUGCCAGUUCAUCAAUUAGCUCAAGAAUUCAUGGAUCCAAACCCAGUUAAGGUGGUUGUGGGUUCAGAAGAUUUAGCUGCCAACCAUGAUGUUAUGCAGAUUGUGGAGGUCUUGGAUGAUCGAUCACGUGAUGAACGUCUGAUAAAUUUGCUAGGAAAAUACCACAAGGAUCAAAGGAACAGGGUAUUGGUUUUUGUUUUGUACAAGAAGGAAGCAAGUCGUGUUGAAAAUAUGCUGCAACGAAGGGGUUGGAAAGCUGUUUCCAUACAUGGUGACAAAGCACAACAUGCACGUACAGAAGCACUAACUUUAUUCAAGGAGGGUAGCUGCCCUUUAAUGAUUGCUACUGAUGUUGCUGCUCGUGGAUUGGAUAUUCCUGAUGUUGAAGUAGUGAUAAAUUACAGUUUUCCUCUUACAACAGAGGACUAUGUCCACAGAAUAGGGAGAACUGGACGUGCUGGCAAGAAGGGUGUUGCCCACACAUUCUUCAUGCAGGAAAACAAGGGAUUGGCUGGGGAGCUGGUGAAUGUCCUCAGAGAAGCUGGACAGAUUGUGCCUGCUGCUCUUCUGAAAUUUGGAACUCAUGUCAAGAAGAAGGAGUCCAAGCUUUAUGGAGCUCAUUUCAGAGAAAUUUCUGCUAAUGCUCCCAAGGCAAUAAAAAUUACAUUCGAGAACUCAGAUGAUGAUUAAUUCUUGAGGCUACCUCUACUCUUGCUGGUAGUCUGCAUAAAUAAAAGCCACAUCUAGUGGAAAAUUUUGCAUGUGCAGCUAGAACAGAGAAUGGCAGAUUUUGAGUGUAAAUUACAGAUGGCGUAUCUGUCAUGAUGUAAUUUUUAUAAUUAUUUUUAUUUUAUUUUUUCAGCCUGAAAAUUUAAUGAACUGGCACAAUUUUCAGAGUACUGGAAGACCUAGUAUUUAUUUAUUUUGAUUAGGUAACAUAUCAUGUAUUCUUCUGAUUCUUGAGGAAAUCAGCAAGCAAACUGAAAUAUGAUUUAUAUUUUCUGAUC